GAAUCACUUUUGUGAACAUCAAACACAGAAACUAACACACACAAAAAACACACAAAACACACACACACAAAACACACACACAUCAUAUCCAUCUCUUCUGGAUUCAUUUCAAAGGGACAAAUCCAUCAGAAUUCAUCCGUUAUGUUCAUAAACUCAUGGAAUCUAACGAAGUAAUCGCACCAUUCGUUAUGAAAACCUACCAGAUGGUGAACGAUUCGUCGCUAGAUAACCUAAUCCGAUGGGGAACCGGAAACAACAGCUUCAUCGUCGUCGACUCGUUAGGUUUCUCCCAACGCCUCUUACCUGCAUACUUCAAACACAACAAUUUCUCCAGCUUCAUCCGCCAACUCAACACUUAUGGUUUUAAAAAAGUAGAUCCAGAUCAUUGGGAGUUCGCGAACGAGUGGUUUUUAAGAGGACAAGUGCAUUUGUUGAAGAACAUAGGGCGAAAGAGGCAAACCAACACUAGAUCGAAAUAUUCCCCGAAUAUUCAAACCCGAGGAGGAGGAGACGAAGAAGACGAAGAGGAGUCCAUGAUAUCCAUGGAGAUUGCAAAGUUAAAGAGAGAACAAAAAGCUCUAGAACAAGAGUUAGAAGAUAUGAACAAGCGGCUAGAGGCGACAGAGCGGCGACCAGAGCAAAUGAUGGCUUUACUAUGUAAAGUCGCCGAAGAUCCCGAUAUUUUGCAGCGAAUGAUGCUUGAAAAGGUUCAUCGAUCUAAACGAUUGACGGAUAAAAACAAGCAGCCGAGGUUAAUAACACCCCAGAUGCCUCGGUCGUCGUCCUCAAACACCACUGUACCAAUUAAAGAUGAGAAUAGUGAAGAGUGUUAUCCGAUUACCGGAAGUGAUAGAGUAUCAUCAGAGGAUGUAUGUUAUGAUUACGGUAACCUGGCGUGGAGUUCUCCGGCGACGACGGUUUGGCUGUGGAAUAACGACGGAGAUGAGGGUGCCGGUGUUUCGCCGAUGAACGGAGUUAAUAUGUACGGUGGUUUGGGUGGCAGUGGAUAUUUCCGGCCGGAAUCGCCGGAACCGGAGGUUAAUCCGUCGCCGGCGUAUCCAUUUUCCCUACUUGGUGGCGGGUUUUAAAUAAUUCGGUUUUAUUUGUUAUUUAUCAGUGAUUAGUAAUAUCUGAAUUUAUUAUUAUUAUUAUUAUCAUAUUUGGCAUUUUGUAUAAAUCUAGAGAGAAAAUAUUAUUUGAAAAAAAAAAUAGUGUAAAAUAUGUGAAGGUUUGAAACCUAAACAUAUUUUUCUGAA